AUGACCAAGCAGUGGAACCGGGGAGGCGGGGAUGGCUUUCCGGUGACGGCGGCUGGUGUGGACCGUUUAGUGCGUCGCUGCACGCAGCUGCAGCACCUCUCGCUCUACUGCGUGCAUCUGUACGAGUACCUCCCGCCAUCCCUCGCCAGCCUCGCGCACCUGCGCACCCUCGCCCUCACCCACGCCGUACCUCUCCAGGUCCCAGGGUUCACGCGCUUGAUGUCGCUCACCGCGCUCGCCCUCGACGUUCCCGAGGACGCGGAUCUCGAUCUCGCGACUCUCGCUCGGCUCCCAGCAUUCACCACCCUCUCCUUGUCCAACGCGACGCGGAUCCAACGGGGAAGCAUGGACGAGCUCUCUUUCUCACUCGCGCAGGUGCCGUGGCUGAGAGCGCUCAAGUUGGACCCGUGCAGCCCGCCAUUCGACGUGCUCUUCCCGCCAGGCCUCUCCUUUAGCCAUCUGCAGCGCCUGCUCCUGAAAGGCUGCGAGGGGCUGGAGCACCUGCCUGACGACAUGGGCGAGCGGCUGCCACGCCUUCGGGACCUGAGCAUCUGCGAAGGCCUUCCAGCGUCGUUCCACCAGCUCACCUCCCUGGAGGCCUUCAACCUGUUCCACUGCGGUGCCUCCUUCAGAUUCCCCGCAGCGUUCGGUGAGCUGACAGCCGUGCGGUGCGUCGUCAUUCUCAAGGGCCCUUACUCGACGCUCCCCAACGACAUUGGCGGGCUCACCAACCUGCACACGCUCCAUCUUAGCUCAAGCUUCCCGCAGCAGCUGCUUCCAUCCUCCUUCAUGCAGCUGACCUCCCUGACCAGGCUUGAGCUGGUGGAGUGUGGGAUAGUGGAGCUGCCAGGGGACAUGGGGAGGCUGAGCAACCUGAGGGAGCUGGUCAUCCAGCCCUUCUCACACAUCACCGAGAUACCCGACUCCCUCACUGACCUCGUCAACCUGGAGCUUCUCAAAGUCUGCGCGUGCCGCGACCUCUCCUCCUUCCCCAACACCUUGAGCAGCCUUUCGAGGCUCAAGGAGUUGGCCUUGGCCAAGCUUCCUCAGCUGCCACAACUCUUGCCAUCGCUGCCACAUUCCCUCGAAAUCCUCUCCCUGGGAACCUACCAACGCCUCACCCCUUUUCUGGAACUCCCUGCUCUGCCUCGGCUGAGGAGGUUGAGCCUCAUAAGUGUGGGCUGCAUGCUCGGGCUGGUGCCGGGCAUGGUUCUGCCCUCUGUGGAGAACGUGGAGCUGUCGCUGGUGGGCGAGGCAGAGGACCUCCCGCUGCCCCUAGAGUUGCUGCCCAACCUCCGCAGCAUCAAAAUCGCAACUGCUGGGCGCCUCAAGAGCUUUCCAAAGAAGUAUGUUCCAGUGUUGCAGCGACUGCAGUGUAUUCACAUCAACCAGGCUGUCAAGUUGAGGGAGCUCACAGAGAGUGUCACCGCUCUGCACCGCCUCACAUCCAUUGAGAUCCAUGCUCCCGAGUUCUCCUCCCUACCGGAUGGCAUUGGUGCCUUGUCUCGACUGCGCUGGCUGAAUCUGGCCAACUGCUCUGCACUUGCAGAGCUCCCUGCUUCCCUCACGCAGCUCUCCUGCCUGCACGACCUGAACCUGCGCUGCACCUCCCUGUACUCCCUGCCUCGCCACUUUGGACGGCUGAGUCGGCUCAGGACUCUUGACCUGCAUGGGUGUAGGCAGCUGGUAGCGUUGCCAAGGGAUAUCUCCCACCUCACGAUGCUUCAUAGCUUGACCAUCACAGGGUGCGCUGAUGACCUUGACACUGAGUGCCUAGACGGCAUGCGUGGAUUGCAUAUCGCUACCAGGUUGUUGGACGCAUCCAAGGUGGGAUAG